UAUCACUGUAUCAGCAAAACCAGUGUGUCUUAGACUGUGCAAAAUCGUUACAAUUGAUCGGUCUGAUGUGCUUUGGAUUAUGCAAAACUUUAUCGUCGAUAAGUGAGCCUGAACUGGACUUUGCAAAACAAUUAUUGUCGUUCAGGACAGUGGCAAAAAAAGUGUGUAAUAUUUUUGCUUGCUUAAAGCAAUUCAUUUGUACGUGUGGUAGAUUAACAUCGAUAAAUGUUGGUGUCUUGUUAGUUGUUUGCUGCUUGCAUGGCACUUCACAAGCGUUGCUUUCAGCUUUAAUCGCCGAUAGGAUGCAAAAGCAAAUAUUUGUCUUUCGAUCUGUUAUCACAUCUGACUGUAAACGGCAAUUAACAGACCUAACACCUUUAUCGCGAGUCUAAUUAAAACUCACUAUAUAUAUAGCUGUUUUAACUGUCGGAAGCAAGUUCGUGUUUUCGUGAUGAACUACAGGAUGUGAAAUGUUUGAGAACAUUUACUGGCUACAAGUUGAUAGUUUCAAUCUCACUUAGUUUUUGUGUCCCCAGUAUUCGUUAGUCUGGGCUUCAUUGCGUGAAUGUGUAUUUGUGAGGUGUACAGACUUAAUUAUUUCUCCCCACCCUCCCCUUCUUACAGGCUCACAUUCAUGCACAAUCUUCUUUUCUGUUAUCAGCUGUUUUCUUCUUUAUGUUCGUCUUCCUAACCAUUAGUUAUCAUUGAUAUCGCCAGGGUCUUUGUUUUUCAGGGGCGACAAUACCGUGCAUGACCGUUUAUCUCCCUUUACAUAGAGCAGACGACAGGCGACGGCGACAAGACCGCGGACUUGUAAGACAGUAACCUGAGGGAAAUAGAUUAUUGUAUCCGCUGUUUAGCGAUAGAAUAUGCAGACAAUCGAGCCAGUCGUGCUUUUUGCGUGUACCCCAAACUUGAGCGAUCUUUGUGCGCUGACAGUUUCUUUGAACGGCAGAAAUUUUGACGCGUGGCCUACACAACCGAAGAUAUUGAAGUGCAGGGAGCUUAUUUUCACAGAACCAGACAUAAUAGCUACACCAUCAGUAGAUCGGGAAAGCUGUUUCAACAUCAUCUUGCCUAAGCAAUUGUUUAAAAGUGGCCGACUGCAGGCAAGGCUAAAGAAAAAUAAUAUGCAGAUCACCCAGCCCUACAGGGUUACAUCAGAACUUUAUCAAGCCUGCCUAAAAUAUACAAUGCUGGCCAAGUUGGCUCCUACUUGGAACAAAGCUGGUGAAUGGCUUAUACAGGGUAGAGAUUUUCUCAUGCACACAGGUUAUGCAAAUGGUGUUAAAUUUGAUUUUAUGGUUACUGCAGAUGAGCAGUAUGCCUCAGCAUGUGCUACAGUUCUGAGAAUCAAACCAUUACAGCUAAAUGAUCUUGAAUUAAGCCCACUUCAGGUGCAAAGCCUAAUGUAUGCUGAAUCCCACUCUGCUGGAGAAGUAUCUUUUAGUGAUCAUUGGUGCCAUGUGCUUCCUAGGAUGAAAAGGGGACGACUAUGCAGUCUCUCCCUGUCCAUUCCAAAAGACAGUAUAUUUAAAGCAUACAAAGAUAUAAAAAGAUACUGGAAAAACACAGUGAGUAUCUUACUUUUUAUUAAGGCCUUAUUUUUGUGUAAUCACAGCAUCUUAAGAUUGAUCAUUUAUGAAAGAAUAUCACAGCAAACUAUGUCAGCUGCGAAAUGCACGUGCACACCAAGCAUACUGUGGUAGCGGAUAAUAUGUACCUUUGUGUAUGUAUACAAA